AUAAAUCAUAUUAUUUUCUUCCAUUAGUUAAACCUCUCUAUUAGCCACUAUACAUAUUCUAUAUGGAAAACCAAAACCCUUCUUUAAUUCAACCAUCAGAUCCUGAAGUACCUGAAAUAUCUCCAACUGCUGUAACUAACCCUUCAUCCACAACAAGCUUUUUCACCGCCAAAGAUGCAGUGCAUAAAUUGAAAACAAACUUGGUUUUCCAUUCAAAAUGGGCUGAACUUAAUGGUGCCAUGGGUGACCUUGGCACCUACAUACCCAUAGUGUUGGCUCUCACUCUAGCUAAAGAUCUCAACCUUGGCACCUCAUUGAUUUUCAACGGUGUGUACAACAUCAUCACUGGUAUCGUUUAUGGGGUCCCUAUGCCUGUCCAGCCUAUGAAGGCAAUUGCCGCUGUGGCCUUAUCAGACAAAGAAUUCGGCGUACCCGAGAUCAUGGCUGCAGGAAUCUUGACCGGCAGUGUAUUGUUCAUUCUUGGCAUCACAGGAUUGAUGAAGCUUGUGUACAAAUUCAUUCCUCUACCUGUUGUAAGAGGAAUUCAACUAGCACAAGGUUUGUCAUUUGCUUUAACCGCUGUUAAAUACGCGAGGAACGUGCAAGAUCUUCCUAGGUCUAAAGCUUUAGGUGAAAGACCAUGGUUUGGGUUAGAUGGGUUGGUUCUAGCUAUCUUUUGUGCUUUUUUUAUUGUGAUUGUGAAUGGAGCCGGUGAACAGAAUCGUGGAGGUUGCGGUGUUGUUGCAAAUGGCGAUGAUUUAGACGAACAAAGAAACAAUAGGAUCAAUAGAUUGAGAAAGAUUGUUUUUUCACUUCCUUCUGCAUUUUUAGUCUUUGUGUUGGGGAUUGUUUUGGUUUUUAUAAGAAACCACAAAGUUGCGCGCGAAGUUACCUUUGGACCUAGUUCAAUAGAACUUGUGAAAUUCAGUAAACAUUCAUGGAAGAAAGGUUUUGUCAAGGGUGCAAUUCCUCAACUUCCGUUAUCAAUUUUGAACUCUGUCAUAGCGGUUUGUAAGUUGUCAACCGAUCUUUUUCCUGAAAGGGAAUUUUCAGUUACUUCAAUUUCAAUAACAGUUGGACUAAUGAAUUUGGUUGGAUGUUGGUUUGGUGCUGUACCAACUUGUCAUGGUGCCGGUGGACUUGCGGGACAAUAUAAAUUUGGUGGAAGGAGUGGAGGGUGUGUAGUACUUCUUGGUGUUGGAAAAUUGGUAUUAGGGUUGGUGCUAGGAACUUCUUUGGCACAUAUUUUGAACCAUUUUCCAGUUGGGAUCUUAGGUGUUUUGCUUUUGUUUGCUGGAAUUGAACUUGCAUUGUGUGCUAGGGACAUGAAUAGCAAGCAAGAUUUCUUUGUGGCACUUAUUUGCACUGCUGUUUCUUUAGUUGGAUCUAGUGCAUCACUUGGAUUUUUAAUUGGAAUGAUUGUUUAUGUCUUGUUUAAGCUAAGGAGUUACACAAAGGAUAAACCAAUCUCUACCAUUUGGAAUUAGAAAAGCCUAAUCAAAAUUUCUUUUAUAAAUUAAGAAUCAUCUGUGCACAAAUGUAGAGUCAUAUUAGUGUAAUAUUUUCAAAAUUAUGUUAAUUUUUUGGGAAGUUUGAAUUUUUCUUUCUAAAAAAUUGUUUUUUAAGUUGGUAUUUGAUUUCAAAUGAGACUUUGAAGUGAUUCAAGUUAAAGAGGACUCUUUAUAUUGUAAUUGUAAAUAGAAUGUUGCUGGAUUUUUCUUUCCCUUUUGUAUGCUAUCGCAUACACAAAGCUUAUAGUGUCAAUAAUGGAACAAAAUAAUUCAAUCCAGUUUCAAGAAGUUCUUAUAAUAGAGUUUUAUUGUCAGUUGC